CCGUUCCACAGACACCAUGUAAGACAUGUAUGUCAUACAGGUUUAGAACCACGUGAGGUUAAAAAAAAAAAUAUGAUAUGACAGAAUUUUUGGGUAAAUGUUUUGAGUAAACUAUUAUUGUAUUGUAAUGAUACUUGUCUCUGAUAUUUUACCGGUUAAUAAUAGUUUUGAUAAAUGGAUGUGAAAUGAUCCUGUUUUUUUCCCCCCAAUUUUACAGAAGCACUUUUGUGAUGCUGCAGGUGGGAGUGUAUUUCUUGCUUGGCUGAAAACUGCAGAGAAUCACGUCUUGUCGUGCUGAAAAAAAGAAAGAUACUACUUUCUCCAAGGAGGUCCAAACGCCAUUGACACAGAAUUUGUUCAGUGAUCAGUAACAAACAUUCAGCCAGAGCCGUCCUUGGGGGGGUGCAACUGGUGCGGUCGCAUCGGGCCCUGCGCUUGAACGCGAUCGCGAACGGACUGAGGGGGGCCCGCUCCCUACCCCGUAUCACCUAAUGACAGCCCUGCAUUCAACGUUGAUGUUUGAUCCUCCCUAAACUAGUGGCAGCUGAGACCACCCUCUUCUUUGAGACUUCCGAUACCCUCAACUGCUUACAUAGCAGGCUGUUUUCAAGACAGUUGCCAGGUAAAGCUGCUCUAUUAGGAACAGAAAAACGUAGUUUUCCGAUUUUUGAACGCUGAGGGCUUGAGACCAUCUUCAGUUGAAAGUGAUCGUUCCAUGUUUCCUGUGCAGACUCCCAUCAUGGCUAAGCGUGUGGCUGUGAUCGGAGCAGGCAGCUCUGGACUGACCUCCAUCAAAUGCUGCUUGGAUGAAAGGCUAGAGCCUGUGUGUUUUGAGAGCAGUGAUGAUAUUGGGGGACUCUGGAAGUUUAAGGAACAACCAGAGGCAGACCGUUGCAGCAUUUAUCGUUCUGUCAUAGUGAACACUUCUAAAGAGAUGAUGUGCUAUAGUGAUUUCCCAAUGCCGGAUCAUUUCCCCAACUACGUGAACAACUCUACGUUAUUGCAGUACUUCAGACUCUACGCUGGGCACUUCAACCUGCUCAAACACAUUCACUUUCAGACCACAGUUCGCAGUGUGAGACAAAGGCCUGAUUUCUCUAACUCUGGUCAGUGGGAAGUGGUGACUGUGGACAGAGAUGGACGAGAGGAGACACAUGACUUGUUUGAUGGUGUGCUAGUGUGUGCAGGACAUUACACACAGCCCAUCAAACCCCUCUCAGACUUCCCAGGUAUUGACACAUUCCCAGGGACAAUAAUUCACAGUUGGGAAUACAAGGACUCUGAUCCUUACCUUGGGAAGAGAGUUGUUGUCAUUGGGAUUGGGAAUUCUGGUGGAGACAUUGCCGUGGAGCUCAGCAGAGCGUGUGAGAAGACAUUCCUGAGUACCCGGAAAGGUGCUUGGGUCAUAGGUCGCGUGGUUGAUAGAGGGCUUCCUCUAGAUAUGAUGAUGAUGACACGAGCUCGAGAUCUGUUUUACUGGCUCCUGCCCCGAGCUCUGCUCAACUUGAUUUUGGAGAGAAUCCUCAAUCAGAGAUACGACCACAAGCUUUAUGGACUUCAGCCGGUGCACAGGAUCCUCGACCAGCAUAUUGUUAUAAACGAUGACCUCCCUGGUCGCAUUCUGUUAGGAGACCUGGCGAUGAAAUCAAAUGUGCAGAAGUUCCAAGGCUCCACGGUUUUCUUUGAUGAUGGGACUGUAGAAGAGAAGAUUGAUGCAGUGAUCUUAUGCACAGGAUAUGAUUAUAAAUUUCCCUUCCUCCCCACCUCCUUAAGCUCUGGCUCUGAUGGAGAUCUGAAACUCUACAGAAGAAUCUUCCCUCCAUCUCUAGAACGCCCAACACUGGCCAUCCUGGGCCUGUUUCAAAACAAUGGGCCAAUCAUGCCAGCUGUAGAACUACAGGCACGCUGGGCCUCCAGGGUCAUUGCAGGACUGAACCAUCUUCCUCCAGCUGAAAAGAUGGUUAAAUCCAUUGAGAAAGACGUUCAAGCGAAUUUAAAGAGUUACCCCAGUCCCAAGCUGGCUGCCCUUCAAGUGGACCACAUUCCUUACAUAGACUCAAUAGCAAAGGAAGUGGGCGUCCGUCCAAACAUUGCUUGGCUGCUCCUGAAGGACCCUGCUGUUGGUUUGAGGGUUUUCUUCGGGCCGUGUUCUCCGUACCAGUUUCGACUGAAUGGACCGGGGCACUGGAGUGGUGCCCGUCAGGCCAUCCUUACCCAGUGGGAUCGUGUGGCCAAACCCAUGAAAACCAGGUCCAUUCCAGAACCUUCAUCCUUCGGUUUAAUUUCUUGGCUGGGCCUGUCAGGAGGGGCUGCAUUGAUUUUUGCUUUAUUGGCAAUGCAAUUUAUCCCACUGUUUCUGAACAGCGAUUAGAUACCAUAGAUAUCCCAUACUCUGUUGAUGGGUUGCUCUGUUUUGCGUUUGCACUUUAACCUGAUUAUUUCUUAAUCUAAUUCUUAGAGUUCAUUAUCUUUUAUAAUAAAUACAAGAAGUUAUAUGUUAAAUCCUUUUUUUACAUUGUUUUCAAACAAGUGUAUUUUUUGUUCUUAAAUCUCAAAACAAGUGUUCUGCCAUAUUUCCUGAAAUAAUAAUUACCUUUUUUCAUCCAGGAAAUAGUAAUGUUAAUAUGUUUUGACAAUCAUCACAGAAGUAAAGUGUCAGCAUUUUCAUCACUUAAUAUACUUUGAAAUAAAACAGUUGUUGGAGAAUCCUGA